AUGACAUUGACACGCCAUUCCCUCCUUUCUCUGUUAUUCUUCGCAUCCACUCUCUCUAAUCUCGCCUUUACCGUCACCGCCGGUGACGUUUCCGGUGACACCGACUUCAUUCGUGAAAGCUGCAACACAACGUUGUACCCUGACCUGUGCUUCUCCUCGCUCUCUCGCUACGCCGGCGCGGUGCAACGCAGUCCCGCCGGCCUUGCGCGAGUGGCCGUUGCCGUGGCGCUCGCCAAGGCGCACGGCGCGACGGCCUACCUCUCACAUCAGACCGCCGCGGUAGUUGACGAGGAGUCCGACGCCGGUGCGGCCGUGCACGACUGCAUCGCGAACCUGGAGGACGCGGUGGACGAGAUCCGCGGCUCGCUGAAGCAGAUGAGGCGGCUCAGACCGGAGGAUAACUCCGGUGCGGUCCGGUUCGGGGUGAGCAACGUGCUGACGUGGAUGAGCGCGGCGCUGACGGACGAGGAAACGUGCACCGACGGGUUCGAGGGCGUAGAGGAAGGUCCCAUGAAGAAGAGCGUGUGCGAUCGCGUGACCAGGGUGAAGAAGUUCACCAGCAAUGCUUUGGCGCUGGUGAACGGUUUCGCUAAUAAAUUAUAA